UCCUCCUUCCUGUCAUUUUGCGUGUUGUGUUGGAUGAGCGGGGUUAUAUUUCUUUUCAAUUUAUUUUAUUUCAUUUCAUUAUCAUUCGCUGGUGGCCGUGGCCGUGUUCUACGGUUCAUGAAAUAAUAGUACAAAGUCCUCAUAAUCAAAGUUGUACAAUUGUCAUUUUAACUUCAUUUUAUAUUCUCUUCUGUUUAUCGGAUCAAAGAUGAAUCCAAUCACUCAGAUUGUCCGAGCCAGUAGACCUAUCUACAAGAAGUUUUCUACAUCAGCUUCUCUUUCUUCCGCGAAACCAAUUCCACCUACAGGAUAUUGUUUUGAGCUUAAUGACGAGCAGAAGGCCUUGCAAGAACUGGCACGAAAAUUCACCAAGGAUGAGAUCAUUCCUAACGCGGCGCACUAUGAUAAGACCGGGGAGUACCCUUGGCCAAUCGUCAAGAAGGCCUGGUCGAUCGGGCUCAUGAACAGCCACAUCCCUGAACAUUGCGGGGGUAUGGGUAACAUGGGGGUGUUCGAGGAAUGUUUGAUGGGGGAAGAGAUGAGCUUUGGUUGUACGGGGAUUACCGUCGCCAUCGGCGGUACCAACCUAGGCCAAGCCCCAGUCAUUCUAGCGGGGACAAAGGAGCAACAGAAAAAGUAUCUUGGCAGGCUUAUCGAAGAGCCUUUAGUGGCUGCUUACUGUGUGACUGAACCCGUAGCGGGGUCCGAUGUAGCCGGAAUUAAGACCAGGGCUGAGAAGAAAGGUGAUGAAUGGAUCCUCAAUGGACAGAAGAUGUGGAUCACCAACGGUGGAGUUGCUAAUUGGUACUUCGUGUUGGCGCGCACCAACCCAGACCCCAAGUGUCCAGCCAGCAAGGCCUUCACGGGCUUCAUUGUGGAGAGGGAAUGGCCCGGCGUUACCCCGGGGCGUAAGGAACAAAACAUGGGCCAGCGGGCUUCUGAUACUCGCGGCAUCACGUUCGAGGACGUGCGCAUUCCCAAGGAGAAUGUGUUGAUCGGGGAAGGAGCCGGCUUCAAAAUCGCCAUGGGUACCUUUGACAAGACCCGCCCUCCGGUUGGCGCUGGUGCGACGGGCUUGGCUGCUCGUGCUCUCCACGAGGCCACGAAAUAUUCUCUUGAGCGCAAAACCUUCGGAGUCCCCAUCGCACAGCAUCAAGCAGUGGCUUUCAUACUCGCUGAUAUGGCGGUAGGCGUGGAGACCGCGCGUUUGGCCUGGAUGAGAGCCGCCUGGAUGGUCGACCAUGGUCAAAAGAACACAGUACUCGCAUCAGUUGCUAAACUCCACGCGUCCGAAGUCGCCAACAGGGCAGCCAGCGACGCUGUCCAGAUAUUCGGUGGCAACGGUUUCAACCAGGACUACCCUGUGGAGAAACUGAUGAGGGACGCCAAGAUUUAUCAGAUCUACGAAGGAACAUCCCAGAUCCAAAGACUUAUAAUCUCGAGAGAAAUCUUGGCCGCCGCUAAGCAGAGCAAUGCUUAGUUUUAUAUCAACUUAGAACUUCAUCACUUCAAAAUCAAUCUCGGAACGUACUUGACUUUGGACGUCCGACACGACACGCAGCAAUGUGUCGCAACGCGUCGUGUCGUGUCGGACUUCUGACACGAACGCUAGUGUUCAUACUUUACGGCUGCAUUACCGCAAAAGCAGUGUCGCGCGGGUACAAAUUUACCAAUCAGGUGAAAUAAAAAACGAAACUCUUUGAUUUUUUGAUUAAGCAAAGCACCGCUUUUGUGGAAACUCUGCCUACUAAUAAAACUGAUCCUUUUCUCCUGUUAUUGUUAUAAAUAUAGAUGCUUAUUGGAAUUCAAAGAGUAGGUAUAUCGAUGACAUUGUUGUGUGAGAAGCGUUUUUGGAAUGUAUUAAAAUGUGUUUGUUCUUAACACAAGAUGUAUUUGGAAUUUAUGUAUUAAGUCUUUUGUUAAAAAGUGUAUAGGAUUAUAAGAGUAGCAGGACAAAAUAAAGAAUGUAUUGCAGUUUUUAUAGCACUUUAUAUUAAAUCAUGAUCACAAAAAUAUUUAAAAUCAUAUCAUUUAUCAUAUCAAAGGGGAAAGGGUCAAAAUUAGAUUUUAAUAUUUAUAAGGUAUUUUAUAUUGUUCCACAUGAUUUUUAGAACCCCAUUAUUGUGUUUGAUAAUAAAAUGAUGAUUUUUAUAUACCUACAAUUUUAAAUAAACAUGCAUAGGUGAGUAUUAAAGUGAAAAUAUUACUAUUCUAAAUAAAGUGUUGUCAUUCAGCCACAUCCAUUUUAUAGAGGAUAAUAUUUCAUAAUAAGUCAGUGCAAUAUUUUUUUAUAUUUCUUAUGUCGAUUAUUUUAAAAUAUUGUAACCGUAACUAAGUGUUGUAUUUAAAAUGGAGCGGAGCGAAGAUGUCCAGUUUUUAGCAGCACAAAGAAUUAAAAUAACAGUUGAAAAGUUGCACAGCUCCAUUCAUGUCAGAUUUUAAAACAAAUUCAGUUACAGUUAAUACACUCAUCUAGGCCAUGUUAUAUAGACUUUUUCAAGAGCCGUUACAAUAAAUUUUUUAAUUAUG